CACAGGACAGGGCAAAGGGUUUGACAAGCAGGGUCUGUCAGAAUGACUGAGGAAACAGCUAGAAGCGCCCGGCUAGUGAAUGACUGCAAACACUGCCUCACUCUGCUCAGUACUUUGCUGUUAUUUAAUGGCAACGUCCACUCUCUUGUCAUAGCACGGGAAUAACUGAAGCCGAAUGGGGACCACUUGAAGCUGUGUUCUAUAUUACCCUUUCAAAAAGGAGUUGGCAAAACGCUGCUCUUCAGAGGGGUAUAUUUGGGCUCAAUCUUUCUCGAUAUGGAGUCCCUCCGUGCUGCAGCUGACUGUGGGACAUGAGAGGAGCACGGCAUGGCCCAGACGCAACAGGUUAAGACUUCGUCCCUUUACGUUCGCCUGCAAUAUCCGUCCGUUAACGCAGCGGGGCACACCGACCGAAAGCAGGCGGAGGUCAGCGGGAAUGGGCCGCUUUCUGCGCCUGGCAACCAGGGCAAUCACCUGUGUCACAAUAAGGGGCACCAUGUAAUGCCAGGGAGCCGCCUCUGUCACAGGCUCAGCCCCCACGCCAGGGGUGACGCCCCCCCAGUCGAAUUGCCGGCCACUCGGCCCGGCUGCCUGCGCGAUCCCGGGAUGUCUCGCGGCGGGAGACCUCCUUGUGCCCUCCGCUCCGUUUCCUGGAGACCCUUCGGCCCUCACGCCACCACCUCUGGGGUCCGGUGGAAAGUGGAGUUCAACAAACCCAACCUGGUGGAGGCGCCCGUCUUCUGUACACCUCCCUGCUCCGGGGAUGGGAGGUAUACCUCCAGCCCACAGGCGGCUGGCAGACUGCUAUCCCCCAGUCCCUCCAGAACAACUACCUCUCCAGCCAGUCCACAUCCCCUACAGAAGACUGAGACCUUUGUUUGGAUCAACCGGGCAUCUCCACAUGCACAGAGUGUCGCCAAGGCUAAAUAUCAGUUCCUAUUUGGCACGCCUGCAGAAGACAACUCUUUGGACAGCGGUUGCUUCCAAUCUCCCAGAGAAGACCGACGUGUAAACAACUUGUCGACCUUCAGUCAGGGACUCCAACAGACGCCUGAGGAGGUCCAGUCAAGCAGCUGGGAGAGUUUGUACCCUAUCGUGGUGGUUACUGCACCGGACCCCAGCCCGACAGCUACUCCACCGGACUUUGAGAACUAUCAGCAAGAGGAGUCCAGAUCUAACUCUGAGACAGAAUGGUCGGGCCAGGGCAGCACCGAGAGGUUCACGGUGCCAGAUUCCGAAGGUGGUCUCGCAGCAACUGACACGGACGGUAGCACUUCGAAUCAAUCGGGAGGAGAGUCCACCACCGACUUGUCUCAGGAGCAAAUCUACCAGGACGUGGCGCAGGUAUUUGUGAGCAGUACCCAGGUGAUGACAGCGCCCGUGUUCACCGUUGUCCAGGGCCAGCAAGCUGAAUUGAUCCAGUGGGGAGACGGUGAGGAUGCUGCGGGAGACAAUGAGCUCUUGAGAGGAGCCGAGGACGAGAAGGAACUUGCCAACGGGGACAAGGAAAUGCUACAGAGUCCCUCGUUGACUGACAAAGACUUUGCGCUGGAGGAUGGAAGCACCCAGGACCCCCCUCGGACUUUGGAGGGGGCAGAAGGAGAAAAGGACAAAUCGCUGGCGGUGGACAAUGAGAUUUCGGUGUUCUUGGUAACCGAGUAUGCAAUGGCAAAGGCACCAGUUCCAAAGCUGCCACUGUCCGGUGAGGAUGAGGAGGAGUUCAAUGGGCAUUUGAAAACUGAUGAUGACAGUGGGGCUUCUGUGGACAGUGAGAGAAGGACGCCGUUGAAAGGUGCUCAGUCUGAGACCCGGAGUGACGAGGAUGAUGAUGUCUUUGUGAGCGCGAGAGAAAGUCAAGCAAGUGUAAUGAGCAGAACUUCCCUGGGAACCAAAUCAGCAAAUUUACUGAUGUUGACGGUCACGAACAAGCCAGAGUUUGAUUGCACGUGGACUUCACCCAGUGAGGUGACUGAUAUUUUCAGCUCACAGUUUGAACACAUUAUGGAGUGCCAACAUCUGAAAGGUACCUCGUACAACAGCCUGGACUCACUGGACAUGAUCUCCUCCACAGACGAGAGCGAAUGUGGCUUCAGCUUUGAAAUGCCGCUCACCCCGAUGAUUCAGCAGCGAAUCAAGGAAAGCAGCCAGUUCCUGGAGCAUGGGACCAUGGAAGCUGGCCCUGGUAAUAAGGCAUUGCAGCGUCGAAUAGACAUCAGUGACCUAUCAGGCAGCAGUCUGGAGGAAAACAGCGACUCAUCAGACCAUUUAUUCCAUAAACCUUCUCCGUACACUCUUGUCAAUGGAGCACCUCAACUCUCAGAGCUCUAUCAGGAUGGGCAGAAUGAGCCCUCUACUUCAAGUGAUUGCGGCCUAAAGGAAAUGCUUCCAGAUGGGGACCUUGAAGCGGACAGCAUGGAGCAGCUGGAACUCCAUAGCAGCACUGAUGUGGUGACCAAUGGCAAUAAGAGUGACCUGGAGGCAGCCAAGAGGCUGGCGAAGCGUCUCUACAAUCUCGAAGGGUUCAAACGAUCUGACGUCGCGAGGCACUUGGGGAAGAAUAAUGACUUCAGCAAGUUAGUGGCUGAAGAAUACCUCAGAUUUUUUGACUUCACUGGCAUGACCUUGGACCAAUCACUGAGAUUUUUCUUGAAAGCAUUUGCACUAAUGGGGGAGACUCAGGAGCGAGAGCGGGUAUUAAUCCACUUCUCCGAACGAUACUAUCAGUGUAACAUGGGCACUAUUCCUUCUCAAGAUGGGGUCCAUUGCCUUACUUGUGCACUGAUGUUGUUGAAUACAGAUCUUCAUGGCCACAACAUUGGGAAGAAGAUGACCUGUCAAGACUUCAUUAACAAUCUGGAUGGUUUAAAUGGAGGGAAGGACUUUCCGAAAGACCUGCUGAAGGCAUUGUACAAUUCAAUCAAAAAUGAGAAACUGGAAUGGGCGAUAAAUGAAGAAGAGUUGAGGAAAUCACUCUCCGAACUUGCUAAUGACAAGACAGACAAUGCUGGAUCCAAGUCCAACAAUCGUAUUGGAUCUGGUACGAAUCCAUUUCUCGACAUUCCACAGGAUCCCAAUGCUAAAACGUACAAAACCGGCUUCCUCUCACGAAAAAUUCAUGCAGACAUGGAUGGAAAGAAAACUCCCAGGGGCAAAAGAGGUUGGAAGACAUUUUACGCUGUGCUGAAAGGCAUGAUCCUUUACUUGCAAAAGGAUGAAUAUAAACCGGAAAAAAAUCUGUCUGAAGAGGAUUUAAAAAAUGCGGUCAGCAUACACCACGCACUGGCAAUAAAAGCGACUGAGUAUGAGAAGAAACCCAAUGUUCUGAAGUUGAAGACUGCCGACUGGAGAGUCUUCCUUUUUCAAGCACAAAGCCCUGAAGAAAUGGAAUCCUGGAUAAAUAAAAUGAACCUAGUAGCCGCCACGUUCUCUGCCCCUCCAUUUCCAGCUGCUAUUGGCUCACAAAAGAGGUUUAGCCGCCCCCUGUUGCCAGCUACCACCACUAAAAUGACGCAGGAGGACCAGCUGAAGUCACAUGAGGCCAAGCUAAAACAGAUUUCCACUGAGCUCACUGAACACCGCUCCUACCCUCCAGACAAGAAAGUCAAAGCGAAGGAAAUUGAUGAGUACAGACUGAAGGAACACUACCUGGAGUUUGAGAAAACCCGAUAUGAGACAUACGUUAAACUCCUGAAGGAAGGAGGGCCAGAUAUGCUCUUGGAGAAUGACGGUAAUGGGAUGAAAAAGUCACAUUCCAGCCCAUCGCUGAACCAAGAGAUGUAUGCUGUAAAUGCGAAAGUCAAACGCAAUGUCUCUGAAAGAAAAGACUACAGGCCUGACACAGCCAACAACAAGCAGAAGACUUAAAUUCUCAGCAGGAAAUCAUCUCCCAGUCCUCGGCCACCAAAUCAUAAUCAAGUGACGCAAUCUGUGACUUGUAUAUUUUUGUGUAAAAUAUUAUUUAGAUGUUGACUUUUGGUAUCAGAAAUUGUGAGAACAUGACUGAUAUGGUAAUCCUUCAUUUGCAGACACUCCUGUAGCUUUUUAUAUUUUUGUUUGGUCGUUGAUGCAAAUGUUUGUAGAUUGCCUUUUUUUUAUAUUGCCUUAAAGAGACAGCCUCCUAUUGUUGGCCUGCUAUUUUGAAAGCCAUCGAAGGUCAUGUAGUCGGAGGUUUACACAAGAGGCCCUAUCAACGAGUGCCAAAUGGAUAUAUGUCAUUUCACAAAUGGAGAAUUGUCAUUGGCUGAAUUUCUGUGCACAAAAUCAGAGCAAGAUAGCUGCUGACUUUGCUGUCCUUUUAGUUUUCCUCAUUAUUAAUUCUUUAAAUUAUUUAAAAACAAACACUCUCAAAGAAAGUUGUGAAAUGAAUGUUUCCAUGGAUGUGUUUUUUUAAAAGAAACAAUACUUUAUACAGUGUUGCUUAUUGGAGACCAACAAAAUGAAUAUUCUUCAAAGAGCUAUUGGUUGCUUUUCUGUUUAUUGCUAAUCAGCAAAUAGUCCGUACAAAUUCCUCACUGUCUUAUCCCUUCCUCCCUCCUUCCCACUAGAUUAUUGAUUGUCACACAUGCCAGUACUUCCUUUGAGGACUGUGACAUUCCUCUCUCCCUUUCUCUCGCUCAGUCUCUCCCCUGUACAUGCCAAGUGAUAGUUUAACAUUUCAGAGCACAUGCUUUUCUCUGUGCACAUCCCCACCCAAGUCCAUAUCUGCUACUGAGCCAGAAAGCUGUCAUCUGUACAGUGUUGGAAGGAAAAUAUUUUAAAACACUUUGUUUUGAAAUGAUUUUAUGAGGCUCCAUUUUAAGCACACUGUAAAUCCCAGGCAACCUUGUCACCUGUACAUGAUAUUUCCUUGACAAGAAUAUAGCAAAUAUAUAGAAGGUACUAUCUGAAUUAUUUGAUUGUAUCUUUAAAGAUUAGUAUUUAUAGUGCACUUUAACAGAAUACAUAAAGCUUGACCACCUGUUUUUAUUUUUUUUAAGAAUAUAUGUUUGUCUUCCAUUUUUUUGUAUAAUUCCAGGCAUAUAUGCCUGGGCAAGUUCUGUCAACUGUAAGACAGGUUAAAGAGACAGUAUUGUAGUGUAAUUACAAUUGAUCCGAUAGUUUUGUUUGAAGUAGGAAAUUGCAUUUGCCCUCCAGAACCACUGCUGUUAUUGAAUUUUUAUUGCAAUGACGCUGUAGUUUAACUCUCACUGCACCAGUUACAUAAGGGUCUCACGUGUGAAGAGCACAUAACUUGCCUGAUUGCGGAUUCAGUUGAACACAUCAAGUGUGAAAAGAUCACUUUUUUUCUAUAAAGAAUUCGACUCACUCUUGCCCUGCAGAAUACCUCUAAUACUUUCUGCAUCUGUAGAUAAUGAAAGGCUGUGAUGAAAUUUAUAGUGAAAAGUGGUAUCUGCUCAGUAAUGUAUUUUCAGGUGCAAAUAGGUGUCUCUUCCCAGUGCCACUUGGUAUUUCUCUGUGCUAUUAUUGAUAUUUAUUGACUUCGUUGCAUCUUCACUCACUUCUAUAGCUCAGUGGAUCUAUUUUUGUUGUCUGUAUAUAAUAGAUUUACUGUACAAUAGCAUGCAGAAAGUCUUCUUUCUGCUGCAUAUGUCCCUUGUUUUGCAUGCAGUCCUCUCUCAGAGAC